AUUUUUCUCCACGAAACAAACAAUCCACGUAAUUACCACUUGAAAUGAGCUCCAACACCGAAGGUAUCUUAUCGAACCCAUCACAAUGGAAGCGUCCGGAAGAUAUUUUGAAAAUGCAACGGCUCAAACGCAAACAACGAGCACUGCAGGAUCGGAUAAACAAUCAUUCGAAAGCGGGAGGCGCGCAACCAUCACACCCUGGAAGCGGCAGCAGUGAGGAUCCGCUAGUGAAUCGUUUCGAAGCAAACCCAAAACGGAAGAAUCCUUUCUCGAGAAAUGUGAAUCCAGCUCCGAAACGACAGAAGGAAGCUCACACGAGCGAAUUGGACGGAGGAGAAGAGACCAUCUUCGAUCUACUCAGCAAACCACAAACUCUAGUCGUGCCUAAUCUUGAAGCACCACAAACGAAAGCAGCCGUUGACCAUCGGUUCCUACCGGAUCAGUACUGUCCCGUAGCUCAAUCGCUUCCGGCGGAACUGGAAGAAGAACCACCGAAAACGAGCAAGCUCGCCCCAAUCCAUUGGAGCAUCAAGAGCAAGAUGCGCAUCAUAUGUCGAACGCCAAUCCCGGGCACAAAUCUUAAAACGAACCAAGAAGCCAGCGGUCUAACGUCGUUCGUGCGCUGCAUCGACACGAAGGAAUCAUCCACCGGGCUCGACAUUUCACCCGGUGCCCGCUUCUAUCAGGCCACCCUUUACUGGCAGCAUCCGUAUCUUCCCUGGUUUACACUGUUCCCGCGAAAUGCACGCAACAACCACACACAAACCCCACUCGAUGAGUCCGUCCGUAGCGUGCUAGCGAAAGAGUGGAUCAUUAGCUUUCGCAAUCUGUUCCAGCUGGUCCGUGCCCGUCAGUGUCCGUAUUUUUAUCUAUGUGCGAAUUCGUUCACCGUUCUAUUCCGUGCGGCCGGUAUUGGUGGGCGAGUUGAAACGCAUGCCCUGCUUACGCCAACGACAAGAGGCAUGAGAGCAGCUCUAAAGCAGGAAGAAAUUGAAUUUACGAUGCCACUAAAGAAAGGCGCCCAAACAGCGGGGGACAAUUUAAAUCGCUCGUCAGAAUCGGGUAUCGGAAACAGCAGCUUUUCCAACUCGUCUGAAGAACAGUCACAAGCGACAUCGAACGAAGAGACGGCUGAUCGGUCGUUGGAAGGGGAUGCCGACGAGGACGAUGACGAUAUGGAUGGGGAGCAGUGGCUCGAGAGUCUUGGUGUGGAUGCAGCGGAAAUUCGGAAAAUCAGUGACAAUCAAAGCAAGAAACAGCGAAAGCAUGAAUGUGGUGCCGAUUACAGCGAUCAAUCACUUGUCCUCAUCGAAGGUCCCGAAUGUCAGGCGUUCUUCAACUUUCUGCUAAACGCAAAAAGUACGAUCGCUAAGGUUGGUCGACUAGCUGGCAUACCACCGACCCUGCUUGCACCGGUAUCCUUCGCUGGAGCAACACUUCGUACCCUUCAGACACGAUCGAGCAAGAUCCAGAUGGAUGGAGAGGAAUACCACAGUACAGAGCUGCAAGGAGUCAUUCUGCCCCACAUCCUGCCGUACGUAACGGAUCUGCUGUGCGAAAGCAAGGACAACUACAGCCUAACGUUAGCGACCGUCCCCAGCACAACGGCACUAUGUGAAGCGUCCCAGAAGCUCAUUACCGAUUCAGACAAAGAAAACGACGCGUCCGCUAUGGCUGGACCGGUCUUUGGCAAGGAGAAUCUGUCCGACUGUGGACUCAACAAGCGCAUCGUCGAAAAUAUGUGCCGUGCGACGAAGGAUUCCGUGUUCGACACGGAACGUUUGCUGUACAGUCAGGAGGCCGGUGGGUUUAGCUGGAGCUAG